ACUACACGUGUUCCCAACUUAACUCACCCUAGCAAUGGGACCAGUCUUUUAAUCUUUCACUUUUAUACCUCCUCCAUAACGGAUCUAAUACGAGAUCAUCAAGAUUCAAGGCCAUUCGCUUCUCUUCAACUUCCCUCGCUAUUCCCGUCACUGGAUUCUGCAAGUGGGUGCUCUCCUACUAGAUAGAGAUAAGGGAACAUAAGAUGAAGGCGACGAAGAGGCCGAUCCAUGCAGUGGCCUCAUGGGUCCAGAGGCAACCGCCCAAGAUCAAGGCUUUUUUAGCUGUGAUUUCUGGGAUGGCAGCUUUGGUUUUUCUCAGGAUGGUGGUUCAUGAUCACGACAACCUAUUCGUUGCUGCCGAGGCUGUUCAUGCCAUUGGAAUCUCUGUCCUAAUCUACAAGCUCAUGAAGGAGAAGACUUGUGCUGGGCUUUCGCUGAAAUCACAGGAGUUGACAGCUAUUUUUUUAGCUGUUAGACUCUAUUGCAGCGUGGUCAUGGAAUAUGACAUACAUACAUUGCUUGAUUCAGCUACAUUGCUGACAACACUUUGGGUGAUUUAUAUGAUUCGCUUCAAAUUGAGGUCCAGUUACAUGGAUGACAAAGACAACUUUGCAAUUUAUUAUGUGUUGAUACCUUGUGCUGUGCUAUCUUUGCUUAUUCAUCCAACAACACCGCAUAAUUUAAUAAACAGGAUUUGCUGGGCUUUCUGUGUUUUUCUUGAAGCUGUUUCAGUAUUGCCUCAGCUUCGAGUCAUGCAGAACACAAAGAUUGUAGAACCUUUCACAGCACAUUAUGUAUUUGCACUUGGAGUUGCAAGGUUCUUGAGUUGUGCGCAUUGGGUGCUUCAGGUAUUGGAUACUCGAGGCCGCCUUCUGACAGCACUGGGCUAUGGAUUGUGGCCACCUAUGGUCCUCCUUUCAGAAAUUGUCCAGACAUUCAUUCUCGCUGAUUUCUGCUACUACUAUGUGAAGAGUCUCUUUGGUGGACAACUUGUUCUACGUCUCCCUUCAGGAGUGGUAUAAGGCAAUUGAAUGUGCAGAAGUGCAUCCGGAAAUGGCCGCAAAGAGGACACUCAGGAUAGUUUGUACGCACGUUCUCCUUUACAGCCAAUUAGAAUUUAUUGUAGUAGGUGGACUGUAAAGUUGGGGGGUGCACUUGAAUUUUGGUGUUCUCAUAAUUUAAUAAUUUAAUAGAAAUAUUUCACCCUAAUCAGUAGUAACUAUUGUCUAGGCAUGUCCAUGGAUAAUAGAUUUAUCUAUUUUCUUUCUGCUCA